AGACGCAAGGCCACAACCACCCAGACCUCCAGAGGAAGCAAGCAUGGCCACUAUUAGAUUCGGAAGUACCGUCGGUCCGUCUGGAGUAAACUCUGAAAAUCAACCGAACAGCUGGAAUGAACAGAGUGCUUAUGGUGAAGACGCUCUCACUGAUGAUGCUGACCCCAACAGGAUUGUGCAGUGCCCAUAUGACAAAAACCACCAGAUCAGAGCAUCUCGCUUCCCGUAUCAUGUUCUCAAGUGCAGAAAGAACCACCCCAAACUUGCCAGUGAGCUAAAGACCUGCCCCUUCAAUGCCAGACACUUGAUUCCCAGGCAUGAGUUGUCUCAUCACAUAACAAACUGUGAGGACAAGAGGUCUCUGAACGCUGAAGAGGGGAAUAUAGAGGUCCUGGAGAAGUUCCAGGUGCCCGUUAACACCUGCACAAACCCUUCACCUAAUGAGGACUGGGAAACAGAGACUGAUGAUAAUGCUGCCAUGUUUGUCUGGGGUGAAUCCAACAACCAGCUUGCUCAAAACAAGCCAGAGCCAUCUACCACCAUCAGUUUAUCCGAUGGACUACGGGCACCACGGACUCUGCCAUGGAAACUCUAACUUGAUUCACAUUCUUGCUCUGCUGAAGACACUUUAUGGUUGGACCUCUUCGGCAGCCCUGCAGAAAGGCUGAAUAUAUUCAUAUGUGUA